AUGGCGUCGUGCCUGUGUGCUUCCCGCCGUCAGGCAGUCGAAGGCAGACGGGAGAGAAGCCAACCCAGGCGGGCGGAAGGCAGCGGUAUCAGAAGCGAGAACAAGGACUCUCACGACGGGCUGCGGGAGCGGGGCGAGAGGGGCGCAGCUGGAAUCACCGGGCUGCCAGAAGAGGCAGUGGGGAAGUCCCGUGCUUUCUGGAGAGACAGGGAAGGUGCGAAGGACGCAGGAAAUAGGAUAGGGCAGAUUGCUUGCCGCGUGCGGAAGACCAGGGCCCCCCGCCCCCGCCCUCAGAGCGACAACCGCCUUGGAACCUCGAGCUCCUUGUCGGCCGCUCACGCGUCCUGUCCUCCCUCGGAGCAGGCCGGCAGGAAACACCUUGCCUUGCUUGUUUGGCUGGCCAGGGCUUCGUCUUGCGCGGUGUCGGGCGAUCCCGGCGGCGACGGAUGCCGGUCACCUUUGCUGGCUGGGAGAAAGGCACGGCCUGGCCGCUCUAGCACAGGAAGGGCGUCGUGCAAUGGUGUGGACGCGCCCACGUCCAGACUCUCCAAAUUCCCACGGGCCUGCGGGAGGCGGGGCGGGGGCGGGGGCGGGGGCGGUGGGCGGGCACGAGGCCAUGCGCAUGCGCCCCAGCUGCCCGGGGGCCGCGCAGCAGGCCGCCGGGGCCGAGUGACAGCGACCCCGACCCCUGGAAGACCCAAGCGCCGGCGCCAGCGCCGACGCGCGGGGACCUCGGCCGCUCGGCCGGCUCCUCCGGCCACGUGCUGCGCCUCCGCCUCCCGCUCCUUGCUCCUGGGCCUUGGCAGCUGCGGCUCGCAGCUCAGGGCCAGGGCCACACGGCCAGUGAGGCGGGGGCCCGGGGAAGGCGGGCCUCCCCAGGAAUCCUGGGUGGCCUUAGCUGUGGGAGGGGGUCUUCAGGAGGCAGGGGCCCGCGGGCGUCCCGGUGCCAUGGCAGGGCUGUGGACAGAGCAGGCACUAGCGGGUGGCAGGUGCGAGGAGGCCAGCAGCCUCAGGGUGGAGGCCGUGCGGCAGGGAGCGUCGGCGGCGGCUGAGGCGGCGGCGGCGGCGGCGGCAGCGGCAGCUGCAUCGUCGGAGGCGGAGGUUGUGGGCAUGGGGGAGGCCUUGGUGCUGCUGGCAGACGACAUCAUGGAGGCUGUGGUGGAGGUGGUGGCGGAGGAGCAGGAGGAGCAGGAGUCGCAGGAGGAGGAGGAGGAGGAGGAGGAGGAGGAGGAGGAGGAGGAGGAGGAGGAGGAGGAGGUGGAGGAGGUGGUGGAGGAGGUGGUGCAGGCCAAGGAGCGGGAAGAGAAGCCCCGGAAGCAGGGGCGCGCAGAGCCAGGGCGCGGACCCCCGACCUCCCUGAGCCCGCUGGAGGCCCUGGGGGCCCUUCAGUUAGAGCUGAGCGCUGUGAACGCCCAAGCCAACAGGGCCUACUUGCGGCUCAAGCGCAGGGUCCGUCGGAGGCGGGAGCCUCGUUUGGAUCGAAGAAGAGCCAUCAUCCAGGACAUCCCCGGCUUCUGGGCCAAAGCUAUUGUGAGUCACCCCCAGCUGUCGGCCUUGAUCAGUGACCAAGACGAAGACGUGCUGAGCUACAUGAUCACCUUGGAGGCGCAGGAACUGGGCCGCCCCGAGUACCGCUGCAGGUUGAUGUUCUUCUUCCGGAGCAACCCCUACUUCUGCAACCAAGUGAUCCUUAAGGAGUAUCACCUUAGCUUCGCAGGUAGGCGGGCUGUCCCGGGAUGGGGGAAGGCGGCGGGGCGGGGCGGUGUGUGCCCGGGAGGCCUUGGAUGCUGGGCCAGCGGGAUCCCUCCCCUCAGCGUAUGCCCCGCUCUUCCUCUAGGCUACAGGGCGUAUAGUUCCACUCCAGUGCAGUGGUUCUGGGAUUACGAACGGGGAGCCCCCAGCCGCAGGAUUGCUGAGGUGGGGGUCCCCCGGGGCCUGGUCGGAAAUGGCGACGUCGGCGGUGGCCAGCAGCUCGGGGAAGGGGCGUGGGCCCUGUCCCGACCUGCCCGUUCCCUCCGCCAGAUCAUCGUCGAGGACCUGUGGCCCAACCCCCUGCGCUACUACCCGAGGGAGCAAGGCGCCGGGAGAGGCCGCCCAGGGAGCGGGCGCGAGGGUGAGCCAGGGGCCCGGAGGACCCAGGCGCACGCGCAGAGCACCGAAGCUUUCGGCUUUCGCGGAACGUCCCAGGGGUGUCCGCGAAAGGAGCGGGCCUCCUCAGGCACCCUGGUGUGCGUCGGCACACCCUGGCUUCGGCCCUCCCUGGGGCCUGGUCCGACUGCCUCCGCGCUUGGGAUCAGCUGGGCCCCUGCGUCCGCCCCCGGCCGCCUGGCCAAGGCCUCCAGACGCUGA